GUUGCUUUCUACCACAUCGUUUUAAACGAAGUUUUACCAUAACAUUCCUCUAAUUUGGAACCAGUAUGGAAUUGAUUCAAUUAUGGAAUCAUGAAUAGUCAUUGGUUCAGUCGGUACAGAGACAUAGUCAUUUAUAUUUUUUUUCCUAGCUACAUAGAUAAUAAAUAUUUUUUAUUAAGAAAUCUUAGCAAGACCCGGGCUUUUUUGUAUGAACGGAAAUUUUUUCUAUAAAUCUAUAUCUCAAAAAAAUAUCUAACAGAAAUAUCCAGAAAUCUAAAUAUAGAAAUAACAUAACUAACAGAAAUAACACGAAUAAAUAAAUUCUAUUUGACUCUGCCUGUUCAAGUGACUCAAUCAAUAAGAUAGACUGACCCAUUUCCAACUUCUCAAAGAUUCAACCCAUAAGGAAUCAUUACAAAUCUUGAUAAUUGAAAAAGUUUCCUACUUCGACAUCAUUAUUUGAGUCAAGUUUUUCUUUUACAGUAAAGCCUACAUUUGAUUAUCAUAAGAAAUAAGAAUUUCUGUUUCUUUUCGAAUAGAAUUGUCAAUGAUUUAAAGCAAAUAAGCUAAAAAGAUCGAACAAUAAAAAGAAAUAUCAUUGUUAAAUAUUUAAAUUUGAAUAUUUUAGGGAUGCAAAUUAUUUUUCACAAAAAUAGAAAGACUAUUGUCACUGAAAUAGGAUAACAAUACAUACCCAUAGGCUAAGCACUUCCUCGUUUUAUAUGUAUUUUCAUAUUUUGUUUAACCUGAGGUUAAGUAAUCUUUCUGCAACUGUGAUCUAUGCCCCAUCUUAUCUUUAUCUGGAUCACAAAAGGAGUCAGUUACAUUUGCAUGUCAUUUGAACUCGAUUUAGUUCAUUUUGUGAAAAACUGAGAUAUGAUUCCGAAAAGAAUCAUUAAAAAUCAAAAAAGAAAGAAGAAUAAGAUUCUAUCCAAUAUUAGACCUUGAAACAGAACCUUGUUGAACAAAAAAGAUGUAUUCGGAUACAAUGGAUAUGCUCUGGGACGGAAGGAUUCGAACCUCCGAAUAGCGGGACCAAAACCCGUUGCCUUACCACUUGGCUACGCCCCAUUUAUAUUGUUAUUGGACACUAAUACUAAUAAAGAAUAAUAUUGGUAUUAAGUGUUCGUCAAUUCCAGCCCAACUAUCUAUAGAAAAUCUUUCUUCUUUAUUCUUCUUUAUAGAAUAUAUUAUAGAUUCGUGCUAGGAUUUUGACAUGUGUAUAUCUAGAAUUCAACUGAAUUUAUUGAUCAUUACAUACAAUUCAAUUAAGAUAUUGUAUGAAAGUAUGAUUUCUUCUAUUCUCCUUUGAGAAUUGGAGGAUUUUUGAUUGAGCGGAAAAAGAAGGAGUUUUUUGUCUACCUUACUUUCUUCAUUUUUCCUUAUAUAAAUAACUCAAUCAAAAUGCAAUUAUCUCGACGAACAAAAUGUCUGUUAUGCUUAAUAUCUUUAGUUUGAUCUGUCUUAAUUCUGCCCUUUAUCCGAGUAGUCUUUUCUUCGCCAAAUUGCCCAAAGCCUAUGCUUUUUUGAAUCCAAUCGUAGAUGUUAUGCCAGUCAUACCCCUGUUCUUUUUUCUUUUAGCCUUUGUUUGGCAAGCUGCUGUAAGUUUUCGAUAAGAUCUUGAAUACUAUCCUAGAAAAUUCAUGAUUUAUUCGAGAAAAAUUAUAACAAUUGAUAAGAUCAAAUAAGUCUGGGAGUAUGAACCUUCAAUUCAAACAUUGAAAUUCUUGGCUAGCCGCAAUAAAUUUGGCUCGCCCCAUUUCCCGAUUCUAAUCCUUUUUCCGGCGAAAGACCUUAUUAGGUUAGGGUCCCUUAGAAUAUCUAAUUGUGGGUAUGAAAGUGAUUUGUGAUAAUCAAAGACUCUUAUUACAAAUUUAAACUUCAGUUGAAUUUCUGAACAUUCUUUUCUAUUUCUAGAAUUCAUUUCUUGGUGUCAAAAUAGGAUAUGUGAUAUAAAAAUGGAGGAUCUAUUAUCUUUUCUCGUUUUUCUUUUUCAAAAAAUGAUCUUGGAGGUUGUGUAAUGCUUACUCUCAAACUUUUCGUUUACACAGUAGUAAUAUUCUUUGUUUCUCUCUUCAUCUUUGGAUUCCUAUCCAAUGAUCCAGGACGUAAUCCUGGACGUGAAGAAUAAAAUAAAAAUUUCGUUUUUCUUGCUUGAUUUACAAUUUUCUAAAGAUUUUAUUUUAUAUAUUCAUAUUCCAUACGUUUAACUAGUAAAAAAAUCAUUUAAUUUAAAAGGGGUUUGCGAAAUUUGAAAGAAAAAAAAUAGAAAGUCAUCAACGGAAACGGAAAGAGAGGGAUUCGAACCCUCGGUACGAAUAACUCGUACAACGGAUUAGCAAUCCGUCGCUUUCGUCCACUCAGCCAUCUCUCCCAAUUGAAAAAGAUAAUUACUAUGUUACAUUACACAUCAAGUAAGGAUUAACGAAAGUAUUUCUUUCACAUUCUUUAUCGUUAUUAUAUAAUUAGCAAUUCCAUUUAGAUGCUCGAAAGAUCCAAAUAGAAAGAUAAAUAAAGAAGACCUUCUUGCUUUUAUUUUGUUCGAAGUGCCUUUUGGGCCUGGCCCGGUCAAUACCCAGCCGGGCCUUUUUUUGUUCCAACGAAUUCCAUAUAUUUAUAGGUAUAGGAAACAUACUCUAAAAAAGAUACCCAAUUUGGUAUCUGUGUAAGAAUUUCCAUUGUGGGGUUUACAUAUACUUAUCGUUUUUGUUAUAAUGGAAAUUGAAAGGAUGAAGAAUCAAUUAAGUAUGUUUUGUAGUUUCUUAUGUCAUUAGGCAACCCCAAUUUUAGAUUCAAAUCCAAGAAUCAUUCAGGAAUUCUCAGUCAACGAAUAGUUAAUGGUUCCCAUUUGUCAUAAAUUUUGUGACAUAAAUUUUGGCUUUUUUGAAUGAAAAUAUACAUUUGAUUUUUCAAUAGAAAAGUGAGGGGAAGUUUUUCGACAUUUUAUGUUUUGAGAUACUAUACAAUCAAUCGAAGGGGUGGUCAAACAAAAGGGGAAAAGGGUUUCUUUUAGAAUUUUUAUAAAUUUAGAAAAAAAGGAUGAAAUUAAAAAAGGGAUGCAAGUACAAUAAACUAAAGUUUAGUAAUCCAACCCAUAAAAUUUUAUCUUAUUAUGUAUCGUUUUGGCGGCAUGGCCGAGUGGUAAGGCGGGGGACUGCAAAUCCUUUUUCCCCAGUUCAAAUCCGGGUGCCGCCUCAUCAACAAACGAAUCAAAAUUUAUUAUCUGCUGAUAUAAAUCACCCAAAUUUUACCCAACAGAUAAGGCGAUUGUUGAUACUUGGUUGAUUCUAAACAUCUGUUCUGGGGAUUUUGUAAAAGAUUGGAAAUCUUUCAAUCUAAAAUUCAAAUAAAGAUUAUAUUAUAAUGGUCGAAGCAAGACUUCCCGAUUCCCUUCUACUGCUAAUGUCUACUGAUUGGGUCUUGAAUUUCAUUGGCAUAGCCGCCGGCGGCUAACUAGUUGUGGAAAGUCCUUUAUGUAAUCUACAUAUAUAGACUCGCGAGAAUCUCUGAGUGUUCAGGCAUUCAAUCACUAUUAGAUUGAGAUUGGAUGGAUAAUUUACUUUUUUAAAGUGAAAAAAAAAUUAUUAUUAUUUUUUUUUAACCCCUCGUCAAGAGUAUAAUAUACUAUCUCCCAACUGCUUCAGAGAGACAAUCGGGAAAGGAAAGGGUACGGAUUAGAUCAAAUAGGAAAUAAAAGUAUGUAAUAGAUAGCAAUUGAUCUAUUUGUACUUUGAAGGGCAACAAAGAAUGGGCCCUGUUUUUUUAUUACUAUAUGUUCCAUUAGUAACAUUCCUUUGUAGCGUCAUUGUGUAUUUUAGUUGUGUUUAGUCUUUCCCGGUUAGAAAUCAUAUAGGAAUUUUUUAGAAAUGGAUUUAUUUGAUUGGUUCAUCAAUAGUGUUCGGCCAGAAUCCCUUUUUGACUCUGGACCAUGGAUUCUACUAUUAUUAGUGAGCAAUACAAUAAUGGAAUAUUUCUAGCAUAAAGAUAAGGGACAUAAUUGACAUGGAUAUAGUAAGUCUCGCUUGGGCUGCUUUAAUGGUAGUCUUUACAUUUUCCCUUUCACUUGUAGUAUGGGGAAGAAGUGGACUUUAGAAGGACUACUAAUUUAGUUUAGGAAUGAAAUGGUAUCAAUUGUUUUAUAGAUCGUUCUGCAACGCAUUUUUUAUUUUUUAUUUGAAUUGAAAUAAUUUUCAAAUCAAAAUUUAUUCAUUUCGAAAUUCCAUUGGAUUCUAGUGGAGAAAUGUAUUAUAUAACAGUAAAACAAUUAUUCAGUAAAACAAUUAUUUCAGAAAGAAAGAGAAUUGGGUCCUACGUUAAUUCCAUAUAUGGAUUAAUCACUACAUAUAUUGAAGAUAGAAGCUAAUAUAGUAUACCAACUUUAUUAGAAAGUAAAGUACAACUUUAUACACUACUAUAACACUAAUAGAGAGUAUGGUAAGAAAUUUCUUACCAUACUCUCGGAUCUCAUAGAAUACCGCUCAUUAUAGCCCAUUGAUUUCAUUUAAAACGCAAAAAAAUAAUUCUUUUGAUUUGAUUUCUUCAACUAUUGAUAAGAACUCAGAAGUCAAGUUUCAUUUCAAGUAAUUAAUUAUUUUGACUGACUGUUUUUACGUAAAUGAUAAGUAGAAAAGCAGUAGGAACUAAAAUGAACAGUGCAGUAGCAAUAAAUGCAAGAAUAUUUACUUCCAUAAUCUCAAUCUCAUCGUUUUUUUUUUAUUUCACAAUAACUCGGGAUUUAAUCCCAUAGAGAUGAUAAAUCUUUCACCUGUCAAUUCCAUGAAUGCAUUACCUAUCGAUGAUCUUGAAUCGGAUCAAUAUCAUGAAUAACAAUAUCUGAGCUAUUAAAUUAAUUCGUCGUCGAGAAUUGAAUAGUAUAACAUACGAAGAUCUUUUAUCCAUACCGAAUCCAAGAUUGGAUUCCCGGACCAAUCAAAAAUUCCUUUAUUUAUCCUUCUUUUCUGUUCUUUCUUUUCUAUAACCUACCUUAGGUCUUCCGUAUAGAACCAUCAAAUGAAGUAUCCUCGUCCGUUUCCAUUUCCAUUAACUACAAAACGCCAACAAAAAAUACAAGCGAAGUGGAAAAAGAGAGGAAUUAGGUUGUAAAUUUGAAUGAUCCAAUUUUAUUUGGAAGACAAAGAAGUAUGAGAAAGAGGAGUCGCGGGAGAAAAGAUGGAAUAUUCUAUCAACUUCACUAUUUUAGUUAUUUUCAUUUUAUUUUAGUUUAGUGUUUGUUCUUUCUUCGACAGAAUCCUGAAAAAAAGAGGGGAAACCCCUUCGGAAUUAAAUUAUGAUCUCUGUCCCUUCUUUCAUUUCACAUAAAAUGGAGAGGUGAAUUGAUGUACUUAUUGGAUCCGUCGGGACUGACGGGGCUCGAACCCGCAACGUCCGCCUUGGCAGGGCGGUGCUCUUGCCUAUUGAACUACAAUCCCAGGGAAAUAAGAAGAGAUCUAACAGAAAAUUUGGCUUCUUUUUUAUUCUCUCUUAUCAGGUAUUUCUUAAGAACAAGAGGGUUCUACCAUUUGAUAGUAUAUUGGCGAAUUUUUGGGCCGAGCUGGAUUUGAACCAGCGUAGACAUAUUGUCAACGAAUUUACAGUCCGUCCCCAUUAACCACUCGGGCAUCGACCCAACGCCUAAUUAGACGUUCCAUAAUCAACUUCCUUUCGUCUACCAGGCGGAAUUGACAAAUACAUUUCACUUUUGAUAAAAUCCUACUCCUAUGGUCUUGGUAUACCCCUAGAGGGACUUGAACCCUCGUUUUCUCCGUGAAAGAGAGAGGUCGUAACCACUGGACCAUAGGGGCACCAAUGGACCAUAGGGGCCUAUGGCCACCUUUAGGAAAUCAAAAAGCACUACACAAUACAAAUACAAUAGGGAAUAAGGCCUAAGGCCACCUUAACUUAAAUAUAAAUCAGCCGAGGGACACCUUUAGAAGAUGAAUAGGAUAUGAAUCAAACCGAAAAACUCGUUAACUUUUCUGGGGGUUAACGGUAAUCAAACUUUACCAUUAAACUAUACAAUCUUUCAACUUUAUUUCAUUGGUUUUUCUCGUCUUUAUCUCUCUCAUUCAGAAAGAGUUUUGCAUUGGAUCCAAGAUACGGUACCUCUGAAUCAGCAGAGCAGGAGAUGCAAAAAAAAAUGAUUUACCAAAGUCUGAUUUGGGAAUUUUAUUGAGCCCUAAAUCAUAUCAAAGCCAUAUCAAAUUAUAUAUAUAUAUAAAUAAUACUGUCAACUGUCAAUUGACGACAGGAGGGCAAUAAAAAAUAAAAGAAGAGAAAAGACAUUAGGUAUAUCCGCCGGGUUCAUCAAUACAACAUUCCUUUAGUUUUAUGGUAUUAAAUAUUCAAGUAGAUUAGAAUAUCAAUACCGUUUUACAUUUUACAUUAUAAUAUAAGAAACUGACUCAGUUUUUAUAUUAUAAAAAAAAUCCCAAAGCAUAGUAAGACUAAGCAGGAGAAUUCUGUUUCUAGGACUGUUUUCUCAAUUCCGUUCCAUUUGCAUCUCUUAAAAAUGACAAUUUAAAUGAAAUUGAAAUUAAGUAUAAAUUUGAAUUCCACCUAUCUCAUAGAUUCCAGUCAAAGAUUCAUGGAAUCGAAAUUCCAUCAUUGCUAUAGGAUUUGAUGGAUAAUGAGCCAGCCAAAAUGGUAUUUCUUUUUUUUUUUGUUUUUGGAGAAUUCGAGAUGGAUGAAUAUAAAUAACUGACAAUUUCAAAAUAAUCCGGGAUAGACGCAAUGUCCACAAUACCUGGAUUUAAUCAGAUACAAUUUGAAGGAUUUUGUAGGUUCAUUGAUCAGGGUUUGACAGAAGAACUUUCUAAGUUUCCAAAAAUUGAAGAUACAAAUCAAGAAAUUGACUUUGAAUUAUUUUUGGAAAGAUAUCAAUUGGUAGAACCCUCGAUAAAGGAAAGAGAUGCUGUGUAUGAAUCACUCACAUAUUCUUCUGAAUUAUAUGUAUCUGCGAGACUAAUUUGGAAAAACGAUAGGCGUAGGUAUAUCCAAGAACAAACAAUUUUGAUAGGAAAGAUCCCUCUAAUGACUUCUCUGGGAGCUUUUAUAGUAAAUGGAAUAUAUAGAAUUGUGAUCAAUCAAAUAUUGCAAAGUCCCGGUAUUUAUUACCAGUCAGAAUUGAACGAUAAUGGAAUUUCCGUCUAUACCGGCACCAUAAUAUCAGAUUGGGGAGGAAGAUUAGAAUUAGAGAUUGAUAGAAAAACAAGGAUAUGGGUUCGCGUGAGUAGGCAACAAAAACUAUCUAUUCUAGUUCUAUUAUCAGCUAUGGGGUUGAAUAUAAGAGAAAUUCUAGAGAAUGUUUGCUAUCCUGAACUAUUUUUGUCUUUUUUGAAUGAUAAAAAACAAAUAGGGUCAAAAGAAAAUGCUAUUUUGGAGUUUUAUCAACAAUUUGCUUGUGUAGAGGGAGAUCCGGUAUUUUCUGAAUCCUUAUCUAAGGAUUUUCAAAAAAAAUUCUUUCAACAAAGAUGUGAAUUGGGAGGGAUUGGUCGACGAAAU